AUGGAGAAGUAUCUCGAGGAUGAAUUGCCAGGAGACCGAGUCGAAUGCUUACGCCAGGUCGAGUUUGAGAAGGAUUGCUGGGGAGAGACCGGCAUGCAACUUCCUUGCCGGCUGGUGUACAAGCACGAAAUUAUCGUGGAUGCAACGAUACUUGAUGAAGGCACUUUGUUCCUGGAUCCAGGUGACCAGGUCGGACAGCUGCGGUCAACGCAAACAACGAGUAAACGCAAGGCUGCAAGCAGAAAGGGUCAACGCGAACAACGAGUAAACGCAAGGCUGCAAGAAGAAAGGCGCAAGGAUAUGGCCUUUGCUGAAUCAAUAUGGACCUUUAUGCCAGGAAAGAAGGGAUCAGUUGUUCAGGGGCCAAACACUAGAACUCUAACAAAUGCUCAUGAUGGUAUCUUGGAUGAUAUUAAUUGUGCUCAGAUUGCUGGGAAGCAUGUGGGAGAUCAUUCCAAUUGUGCUAAUGUCAUCAAGCAGACAACAAUUUUGGAAAAUCAAUUUGGGUUACCUUCACUUGUUGAUAAGGCCACAGCUAACACAACAAAUCUUGUGGCAUCUGCGUCAUCUUCCAUGACACCCGAUGAAAUAGGAGAGGGGAAAAACAAUCCAGAUGAGGUGUUUGUAUGUAUAUGUGGAGAGAAGCUUUUAUUCCAUACAAACUUCAAUACAACGGCAGUAAAAGAACUUGUCGUAUUUGCUCUCCAGAGGAGGAACAUCAAGUAUUGUGAUAUUUAUGUAACAUGGUGCGGAAAAGUUCUGAAAGGAGAUGAGAUCUUGAGCUCCAUACCUAUCCACACGAAUACGCAUAUUCAUGUGACACCCAGACUGAGGGGUGGAGAGUUAAUUCCAAUGGAAUAUGAGCGUAUGGAUGAACUUAUUGACCGUGCGGUCCGUGACAAUAAUAAUGACCUUUUCUAUUAUGUGAACCUUCCCCCAGAAUUGAUAAACCCUUAUAAGGAUACAUGGGUUUCUUUGCAGGCAGCUGAGGCUGCCGUUUCUCAGAAUCUAGAGUUUCUGCUUCCAACCAUCAUGAUGCUAAUGCCUGUGUACAGUGGACCUCAUCAUUGGAACAAUGACUUCAUGGAGAUGUAA